AUGUCAGAGUUGGAAUACAACAACUUACUCUAUCAGAUAAGCAAGAAAUUUGAUGAGCUGAAUGUGGGCGAACAGUUACUUGUUAUGCUGAGAAGAAAGGUGGCAGCUCGCAGCGGCGAGGACUUUCAAACCUUCUCGUUGUUUGAGGAAUUAGAACAGAAAGGAUUUCUGAGUCCCAGUCAUCUGGGUUUAUUAAAAGGCAUGUUGAAAGAAGUCAACGAAUGGGCUCUCUUUGAUGAAGUUGAAAAGUUUGAAACAAAGAGAAAGGAAUACAACAACUUGCUUGAGCAAAGUAUUCGAGUGCUCGACGAGCUCAAUGAUCUGGAACGACUCGUCUCGAUUUGCGGAGAAAAGAUUACAGAAGACAGACAAGGCAACGUUCAAGAUGUGCGAUCAUUGUUUAAGGAGCUAGAAAGCAACGACUGGCUGGGAAUCGACUGCCUCGACACUCUGAAGGAGAUUUUGACCCAGACGGAGAAAAGUGAUCUGCUUAAGGAAGUAGAAGAAUUCGAAAAACGACGAAGUCGUGAAAACAAGUUUAAAAAACGCAAAGGUAAUUCUACAUGUCUCACCGUAGCGGCCUAUAUUUCUGGCCGUGCUUAGUCCCAGAAUUGAUUACAACAUUAUUUUGUGUGGCUUAAUUCUUUUUUUUAUUAUUAUUUCAGCACAAGCAGCUUCUUUUGUGUCAUCAGUUGGCGAGAAACUGUCUGGAGGUAAGCUUAGCUUCGUACUUCUGCAUGUGCUUGUGAGACUGAGUUUACUCAUAUUCAUGUCCGACUUAACUUCGAAAAAUAUGCGUAUUCCAAAAAAUGCUUCAAACAACGACGUCAAGCCCCCUACCAAUCCCUCCAGCGAAGUCGAAGGAAUUUUGCGCCGAAAACGUCACCUGGCUACGGCUGUUAUUUGCAAUUGAAUAUGCUUAUCCAGCAGAUAGAGUAACAAAACGUUCCGUUUAUCGUUCAUCUUAAAAGGUUAUUUCCUACAGCCCAGGAUCAGGAAGACCGGCUAUUUUCAAACUGCCGAGUUUCUGAACAAUUGUCACAAAUCACUGAAUAUGUAUAGUACAACUCAACAAAACUGUAUAUAUACUGGCCUUACGUCACUGUCCUUGAUUAGUACCCGGGUAAUAGCAUUAGUACCAACAUCGACAUCUGCAUCAAUAAAAUUGAUUUCCGUAUUGUUAGUUUGAUCCCGCGGUAUACGUUGUGCUUAUUGAGAUCAUGAAGAAAAGAAACAGAAAGUUUGUUUUGUGACGCAUUCUUUUUUAAACAAGAUAUGGGAUUACCCUAAGUUUCAAGGUUUCAGCGUGAAACGAUUGUGAUAACUGAUGGAUUAAUUAAAUUUUGUAAGAAGAUUAGGGAAUGUACUUCUUUUACCAAAUGCAGGUCCCUUUUCGUAGUCGCACGAUGGUAAAAAGCGUCUGCAAGUGCCACUUUAGCCCCUAGUAGGUCUUAAUAUAAGAGAUUGAUCGUCAAAGCAAGUUUAGAAGACACGAUUAUUCCUUUCCCGAAGGGACCAUAAGUGGAAGAAGACAGAAGUGGGAACAAGGGCUCUUCUACGAUUUCAAAAUGCUAUUAGUUGUUGUUAUCUUAGCUCAGGCGUUUCAUAUAACACACCAAUAUUUUUUUAAAGUCUGCCGCAAGCGUGACUAGAAGAGGAAAAGUCCCUGACAGAAUUCAGCGCUUACAGGGGCGUAGCUGCCUUUGAGCCAUUAAGAAUGGGCUAUAGAGGGUCAAAUUGGGCUAUAGAGGGUCAAAAUGAGUUCAUGUAAUUGCAUGUUAUCAGGAAGUGAAAUUGCAGCUAAUACAGGCACUAAUGGCUGUGACGAUCAUGCAAAACUGAUGGCACAUAUGUCACUAGGAAACUCUGUCGCUGGCGAACACCAUCUUGGUUUCCCAAGUAGAUAUGUAGUGGUCCUCUUUGCUUACUUUGAUUACCUGCUAGAAUCAUUUGGGUUCAAGACUUGUCAAUUUGGAGGAUCUCAGUUCUAAAAUAACAUCUAGUAAACCGGCCGUUUUCUCCUUGUUUGUUGUUUCUUCUUGUUUUGUUUCGUUUAUAUUCAGUUUUUUUUCUGGAGACGCAGGACUUAUUCGACUUAAUGGAAUUGGCUACCACUUUGAAAUAUCAAGUAGCCAACUAGAUCCUACAAAAAAAAAGAGUUAAUUUCAUGCCCAAACAGUAACUAUGUUUCGGUUAUUCUGCAUUGAUUGUUAAACGCAACCUCGAGCAAACCAAUCCAUUUGAAUGUUUCUUUUCUUUAAUUUACUUUAACUGAAAAUCGAUCUAAAAACUAGUAUCGCUCUGCAAUCCUAUUUUGCCGCCAAUAUUCAAAUUUAAGAGUCUUUACAUCGGGAGGUUAUUUUUAAACACGAUUUAUAAAUCCUUUUAAACCGGUAGAAACGUUCACUAUAAUUAACUUUUGGAAGGUAGUAUUAAGUCGAAUCCCGUAUUUGCGAGAGGAGUUAAAAGACAUUGAAAGUUGAACAGGAAAGUUAAUAACCCCGGGGGUAAUAAGCGAGCAAACUGUUUCUAAGCCUUCAAGUUGGCAAUCGAGUACUUGGUUAGUUGAUAACGGUAAUGAGGGCCCAACAAAGUUCUAUUAUUUUGAUUUACCUGGCAGAGCUAUAUACUAUUUCUACUAAGAAAUGAAAUAAUUGUGGCAAUAAGAAAGAAAAUCUGUACCUCACCUUCCUCCAUUGUUGCUCCUCGGUCCCCUCGGGGCUGUGAGAAAAUAACCCAUUCAAACCUUUUAUACAGCCGUGGCCAGGUGACUUUUUCGGCGCGAAAAUACCUUCGCAGGCUCCUGACCCUUGACUUUGCUAGAGGGAGGGGUAAGGGGGUUGACGUCGUUGUUUUAAGCACUUUUUGGAAUGCACAUAUUUUUCGAGAUUGGUAAAGGUCAUUAUUGGAAUAUUACAACCAUUUUUAUGUUUUUUCUAUCAUUGGGAUUUAUUUAUUUAUUUUUUUAACCUCUUGGAUAUUUAUCCCGUUACUCGUUUUCUUGUUACUCCGUUACUCGUUACUGCGUUACUGUGUUUAGUAACACGCGGCCCGGACGGGCCGCCGGGUUCUUGCGCUUCAAACUUUAAUGCAAGCAUCGAGGCAAACAAAACAGUAUUACUGACUGUGAUGUACAAGACAGAAUGAAACGGAAUGAGGUAUCUGCGGAAAUAGACUAAAAGUUCGCAUGGUUACAAGUAAAGGAAAAAAAAUAUAUCAUAAAUAGAAUUCUCCGGCCCAAUAACCUCGCAACAGCAUGCUGACACUUCAAUACUCAAUAGGGAAAUACAUCUUACUACCUGCUUUGGUUGAAUUUGGCAAUUUUAAGGAGCUAAGCACUAUUCUGUCCAUAGUUGACCGUAGACAUCAUUAGUCUGAAGGAUGUGAAGUCUUGCAAGCAGUGAAAGGUGCAUUUUGAAGCCGCAUAGUUGAUUAAAAUGUAAAGGAGUAAACGAGUAUUGUUAGUUGCAACACGUGACAAGGCGGCUAUGUUAGUAGACAAAACAAUACAAUUUGCAAGAAGUAAUAUUUAAAGUAGACGAGGUUUUCAAGCGAGAAAACGUAUUAGCAUACACAAGUUUUCGAUUAUAUAACAGAACCUUUAUCAAGUGAUAAUGUGCAACGUUUUGUCAUAUGGUUUAUACUGCGAAUCACAGGACAAAACGUCGAAGAAAUAGCCGAAAUGUCUCCAUUGUUGCUACGAUCUUUGUUUGGUUUAAAAAAACAUGGCUCGAAAAGAAUGAUACGUAUUGCUUUAAUUUUCUUCUUACAUUUGUCAGUCACUUAUUAGGCUGUUCUUCAGUGUAAUCAACACUUCCAAUUGGCAACUGAAGAUAUUCUUUUGUUAAUGGCGUCGGGGGUUUUUGCAAUUUCUCAGGAAAUGGACUCAUCAGCAAGAGAGAAACCAUAAUGGAAUCAUAACUAUUGAUCUUAUUUUCAGAACCAAUGACGAUCACUUUAACAGCCAAAAGUCAUAAUUUACAACUUCUGCAGCGUAAUUAUUCCAGACUGCAAAAUAAAAAUCAUGUCCCUUCUCCUUUAAAAUAUUCAUGAAAUAAUUUACUAUUGGGCGAUGACAAUUGCCCUAAAUAGAGAAGGUAACUCGGAGAGAAAGGAAAGAAAAAAGAAUUUUAUUAGACCACCAUUUUCUUCUAGAAAACUGGAGCUCUCUUGGUCAGUGAGAAUCCCUUCUUUUCAUGAAUAUUACACGUAUUACUGAGCUCAAACUAUAAGCAGACAUUCUGUCAGAAACGUCACAUACGCCCCAGAAAUUGGCGGGGAUUGUUCGAUAUUCUAAUAACUGCGAGAGAUCACCUUAUGAAGUCCGCGAGGCAGGCGCUUACUGGCAGAAAAGGAAAAAGAGGGACAUCAAGCGCGCAAGAACUCAAACGCCUUCUGCCUUUUCUUUUCCAUUUUACCUCUUCUCUUUCUCUUUCACAUGAUGUCUAACCUCAGUCGUGAUGGCCUUUUCUCUAAUAAUAAUUCUUUUGUUUGUAUUUUAGUCCUGAACGUUAAGACUGUGUUCAAAGUGGUCUCAGGAACCUUUACUGUUGCUUCCAGCUUAGAACUGUUGACACGUGACUGCACUUAUGAUCAGCUCGUGAACGCCAUUAACACCUGUGUGCUUCCUGUUGGGGCCAAUCUGAUUCAAAUUUCAGAGGGAUGCGUGUGUCUCAAAGUUCAAGUAAAGAACAUUUCAGUUCUCGAGGAUUUAUGGCGUUUGUACAAAGUUGGUACACUAAGAGCAAGUCUGCAAGCUUUAUUCGUUACUGACGAAGUGCGAGAACUUGCGGGUGGAGGGCAAGUGGAAGUGGAUGUGACCAUCGACGAAGAAGAGUACGAGAAAGCUCGGAACGAGCUGUCAACUUUCGGAGAACAAGGUCAUAAAAGCACACUAAAAAAUUCAUACAGGCAACAUAGUUACGUAUUUCAAUUUGAUUUCACUGCUACCUUGUAGCACAAGUUAUUCAAAACUUCUGCUAAAUACAGUAUUUAUUCGAUUAAACAUCGCCCUCGAUAAACUCCGCAGAUGGAAGCAAAAUUAUCAAUAAACACCGCCCUCUAAUAAACGCCGCACCUAAUUAAAAGAAUGCGGCGUUUAUUCGAGGAUAAUGAGAAAAAACUCGGUACAACUUGGUAAUCUACACCAUCCAGACAAUUACGAUUCUAUCUCAGCAAAAUAAGAGAGACACUGCAUGGAACCUUUAAAGUACAUAAGAUCUAAAAAAACGAUUUACAGUAACUGUUGUCAGUGAUUUAAGAAAAGGGAUUUCGAAACAAACACCGCCCUUAUAUAAACGCCGCAUCGGACACGCUGAAAAUUUAAUAAAGGCCGCGGCGUUUAAUCGAACAAAUACGGUAGGCCCUUCAAAACCGCGGAUUCUUGGGAGCAUGGGACGCACUGGAACAGAAAAAGUUAAGUUCUCUCAUCAUUUAAAAUGGUAAUUUCUUUUGUUUGGCCACUCUCGGUGCGUCUCUUAGCUUGCUCAACAGUAUAGCAGUUUUGUACCACGUGAAUCACUAGAAAAGUCCUCCGAGCUCGGCAAUUUGGCAACCCAAUAUGGCGGUGAUUCACCUAACAAAGAUUGAACUCAGCGCUAACGGAAAAAAGGGACUCUACUUUGGAAAGGACCCCAUAAGUCUCUGCUUAAAGCUAAAUCAUCCUAACCUUUAAAGCGAACCCUAAGCCCUAAAACUUUUCAUUUACAUUCUCACUUGCAUGAUAAUUAUUAGAGCUUUAAUUUUGCGAUCAGUGUCAUUGACAUCUGAAUUUUUGAUGCCACAGUUUUGAGUUCAGACGAACUUGAUGGUCAGGAAGAGAGGCAACUUCAAUAUCUAGAUCAGGAAAAAUUAUCCUACAUUAGGAGUUACUUAGAGCAAACCAAGGAUACAGAUGUACACAGUGUAUCUACAGAGGAUGACAGUGGAAAGCCGGGAUCAAAUAGUGUACCAUCGGAAAUUGGAUUUGAAGAAACCAGCGGUAAGACGCAGUCAAUUCCAAGAGUACCCAACCCACACCCCCUGAGCAUUUGUCAACUUGUUCGUUCCCAGGGCGAUGGACAUUUCUCAUUAAGGGUCUGCCCAGGGAUGUUAGAUCGGGGUCAGUUCAUGGUUUAUUCAAGCAGGCAAAGGCGCAGGCGCAGAGAAAAAACAGAGCUCAUUUAAAUAGCGUGCAAAAAAUCGGCUGGAUGACACGAUAAAAACCCGGAUUAUGCCUUACCCUUCAAGUUGCUGUUUAGAAAAGGAAAUAUAUGCACUUUAUUUGUCCCUUCAAUUUUUUCUCACAGUCCCCUGGAUUCAAACUCCUGAAAUUAAUUCAUACUAAUUUCAUUGUCCGUUCCGUUUCAAGCGAUAGCAAUUUAAUAUGCUAUUUAUUUUAAGUCAACAUUUGUUAAUUUCAGAUUUUGUUUCUGCCUUGUAUUUGCAGAUUCCACCUCUAAGCUGUGCUUGAAAGAUCUAAGUAUGGAAUUGACUGAGGAACUAACGUUCAAGCUUAAUAGGAACAAAGAUGUUCUAAACCGAUUUUACCGUUCAUUUGGGCUUGAUCCUGAUUUACUGCACGACGAACUCGACCGGAGGAACAUUGGAAAAAUUUUUCCCGAUACCCCAGUCAAGCUGCUAAAGGAAGUUUUUGAGGCGCUAAAACUGUAUGACCUUGCAGAACUCUUAGAAAAAGCAACAAAACCACGGACACUUCGUCCUGCUCUUCCGCUAAAAGAAAUUGAAAAGUUAUCGAGUCCCAGUAACCGCCCAACAAAGGUCUACAGUAAAGCAAAGGUUUUAAUAGUCGAUGUCUGUGAAGCCUGUGAAACCUCCGCAGACAAUGAUGUAGAAAAAGCGGGAUCAUUUUUUAAAGCACAGAAUUCACGGAACGAGGUAACCACAUUAAAGACUGAUUCUUUUAAGGAAUUGUUAGCAGAUCUUGAUGACCUAGCGAGACGCAAGAGCGAAGAAAGACAAGAUGACAGCAGGGUACAGAUAAGGGAAGCACACUUGAAAAACCUUCUGGAAAACAAGAUCCCAGACAGCUGGAUCAAAUUAAAAGUAAGAGAAGAGUUUAGACCAUUAUCUGGUUUUCCGGAUGACUUGUACUUGCGACAAGAAGUUGACAUAAGCAGGCGGCUCCAACAGAUGGGACGUUUUAACACCGAGAAGGAUGAGCAACUAUUAACUUUGUUUUCCAAAGAGGAGCCUGCGAUGAGAAAUGAACUGAAAGAGCUGAAGGGAAAAAGAGAACAAUGGGAAACCGAAAGGAAGCCAUUGAUCGAGAAGCAGAUAGAGGAGAAGGAGGAAGAACUGAAAAAAGAAACUGAGAAAUUUGAAACGGCUGUUUUAAGCGUCAUCGACAAAUGGAUAGAACUACACCCAAAUGAUAAAGGUUCGAUAUCAUACCCCUUAUAACAACCGUCCAGCAACGUUCCAAACUGUUUUGAGUCCUGUUUAAGCAUGCAUCCACACCCUGUUCGAUAUUAGUUGAACAGAAGUUAUAACAAUUACUAUAGAGAGAGUAGAGACCUUUAGCAUCAGGUAAACCGCAAACCGCAGUUACGCGUUUGCAGUUUCGCGUUUCCGAGAUUUCACACUUUAGCAAGGCGUUCAGUUCAGUUCAUUUUUAUUUAGCCAAAAUAUAAUACAAUACAAGAAUACAUAUAGGAAUUGUAAUGUUGCAAGGGAGCACAGUAGAAACCAGAAGGCUUUAUGAAGCCUGGGCUCACCAGUCUCAAAGAAACAAGCAAAAUAAAAUGAAAUUCGCGGAGUGAUACGUUAAAAAUAGGAACUAAAGAGAGACUGAGUUAAGUUAUGAAUUCAGUAACAAGAUAGAAAAAAAAUUAACUCUGGAUUGGAACAGAAUACUUUCCUUUGUUAGUAUGGCGGAAAGGAAUAUAAAAUUGAUUUGAACUACGCGUUCAUUGUUUAGGGCCGCCAUGUUGUUUUCAUCAAGUCGAAGUGCAUCACUUUAAUCGCCCAGAAUCAGCAAUAAUUCAACGAUUCGCGAUCAAAAAUCCAACAAACACAUCGCAAACGGAUAUAAAAAGUUCAUACCUUUAAACGCGAGACUGUACAAUUUUUUGUGGCAAAAAACCUUGCCGUAAAUCACUUACAGCUGGAAGCCCUUCUUGCGGUUCAAACGUGACCGUAAGGCCGUGGUCACGUGACAUUUUGCGGUUUGCGAUUUCCCAUGAAAAACGUGAUGCUAAAGGUCUCUAUUACGCCAGACAGCAGACGGGAAUUUGUACCACGAGACCAAGUUUCCCCCUUAUUUUCCGUUCACUUUUUAUUACUUCUGCACAAAAAAUAAGUAGUUUUAUGCCAGUCUUAACCAUAGCAAUCGUUCGGGACUGUUUUUAUCUGCUUAUUUUCUGUUCUGGGAAAUUCUCAAAUUGAAUCUCUCUGAUAAGUCAAAGCUGAAGCUUCGGCACCCUGGUACACUCUUGUGCACCCUGCGACACUGUGAUUCCUAGAAUUAACUCAAGUAAAAAGUCAAUUUAUAGCUCCUCUUAACCUUCUUCCUCUUUCAAAAAGCCUAAAAUUGGCAAGAAAUAAUAUCCAAAACUGAUUAGAAUUCUUAGCGCGGCCUAACUUUAUUUAUGGCUGUUAUAAAAGGUGAAAAAAAGGUUUUUUUGUUUUUGUAGGAAAGGCGUCGACCCUUUUUUUCGUCCUUAUUCAGAAUAGCCUGAGAUUGGACCGAACGGAUGGUGCAGUUCGACAAGAGAUGAUCAUCAGCAUAAAGAGAUGCUUGAGUGAAAAACUGGCACUUAUUCCAGACACGAAGGUAGUGAUAGCAAAUAACAUGCCACGUAUGAAGAAAGAAGGAAACAUUUCAAGCGAAACUCUUGAAGUGUAUUUGUCUGGGGAAGGAGUGUUAACCACAUUGCUGCAGCUUCUGAGUAAGCGCUUAGAUACACUGGACCUCAUUUCAGUAAUGCAGGAAUUACAAAGGUCCGUCUCACGAACAGUCCCUCGUUACUACUCUAAAAGGUUAAGGUACAGUAACGUUUCUCAUACGACGGUUGAAAUACGUGACAAUUUGUCGAGCGUUCCGAGACUUCAGAAAACGGAAUAA